AGCGAGGCUGAUAAACAAGCCCACUUGAGACACGGUCACUACAAACAUAAGAAGCGCCUCCAACUCCCGCGCGCCCUCUUACAUCUGCGAAUAAGCUGUAUGAGACAUAUCAAACAUACUAUUCGGUCGCAAACUCCUUGAUACCCGCUUAUAUGACAGUCGCGAAAGUAUGCACCCAGCAACACGUCCGUCAUCGUUUCCCUCUAGCUUCUAUUUCAAGUGCCAUCAUGCCGCUUUGGGAGAAAAAGACGGGAAAGAAUACUACUACUGACAAUACAAAUGAGCCUGGCAAUGUCCAACAGCCUGACCCUUCCGACACCAACACGAAUCCAGACACGAUCGCGAACUCAGACCCGAAUGCGAAUCCAGACCCGAAUGCGAAGCAACCUCUUCCUCAAGACGCCUCAAACGAGACCAGCUCGACCAAAAGCAGCGUAAUUUCAGCCAUAUCGAGAAAAGGAAAGAGGGCCGUGGGCAUAGUCAAGGAUAAUGUCAUUGGCAGUACAAAGACGGCAACAAAAGCCACAAUAGGGCUCUUUAGAAGAAAGCGAUCCAACUCCAACCCAACCUCGUCGGAUAGGUCAAAGAGGAUACGAGAGGGGGGGAAUGCUCCCGCCCCUUCUGCAAAUAGCAACAGCCUACUCAGUCCUUCGCACAACGAGAACAGCACCACGAGUGCUCCCAAGACUCCGACACCGCCCGCCACGACCGCCGAUCCAGCCGAUCCAGCUCAGCCAGCCAAAGCGUCGCCCGAUUCCACUACCCAAAAGCGACGUUCAGCUUCUCCCAUGGAAGUAGACAAAUUCCAUUCAGCCCCGAGCUCGCCUAGGUCCAACAAGCAAAGCCGAAACUCUCAAGAGCAGGACAACAUCGCGGUCGCGUCUAAAGAUGGCCGCCCUGCUUCUUCGAAGCAUGAGACAACCACGGCUGCCGAUGCGCUUGGAAUUUCGAUACCCCGUAAACCUGUUGCUGGUACUGGUACCCAAGCUCUGCCGCAGGCGCUUGAGUCUUUGCCCCCAUAUCCGGAGGGAGAUGAUCGAGAUGCGACGGCGGAGCCUUCCAUCACCCCUUCACGCGAGACAUCUCCGGCGAGGGAUACAGCUGUCAGCGUUGAAGGGAGUAACGAGCUUGGGCAGAAGGAUGAUGCGGAGGCAGAUAAGGGGAAUGAGGGUGAAGGACAGGGACACGAGAGCAAGUCCAGCUCCCCAAAGAGCACCAAGACCGCUUACAAGGACGGGGAAAGCACGGGAGAUGGUACGGAUGGCGAUAUCCUGUAACGCAAGCCACAAUGUGCCUCACGAACCCCGGAUACUCAUUCAGCAGCGUUUGUAGGAGAUAGGGAAUUGCAUUUGAUGAUUGAAUAAGAUAGACCACGUGACUUUCAUGAAAA